AUGCUGCUUGAGUCUCUCGCUUCGUCGGUAGGAGGCGGAACCAGGCCACACCACGCGAAAACAUCGAUGUUACUUCGUAGAGCCAAGACAUCUGAUGUCAACCCUUCCUUCCGCCCCGUAAGAGGUUCUCCGGAUCCAUUAGCUCCAUACGCGUUUUUGGACAUGCCAACUACCUGUGUAGACAGUGAGAUUCCGUCGAAAACGCGACGCGCUGGUCGUGGUCUUAAAGAUUUACUUGAUGACGACGCUGAGUUUCUUCAACGAGGUACUUCUCACGUGGAGCCAGAUGCGGCGAGCUUUCAGAUCUCGGCAGCAGCCAAAAGUCCAAUCGAAUUCUACAAGGAUAAACUGUUCGAUCCGGAUAAACGCCGGAAAUCACUAGGUCCGCAAAUAUAG